GGUUGAGUUCUUGGUAGGGUUCUGAUCCGGAAGGCUUGAGAGGUUCGCAACUUUGUUGCUAUGGAGUUUCAGGGAAAGUGGAACAUGUUUCAUGAUCAAGCGCGGGCUCCUCAGCAAAAUCAUGAUCCACAGUCUUUCCAGAUCACUACGGGGAUCGAGGCUCCCAGACUGGUCGACGAGGAGGACCAUUCUGCCAACCCGCAAACUGAAGUCCCUGCAAACGCUUCCACUGGGGAAGAUGAUCAACAACGGAGGGCUGCUCCCAAAAGGAAGAAGUACCAGAGACACACACCUGAGCAAAUCAAAGAGCUGGAAGCUCUUUUCAGGAUAUGCCCGCAUCCUGACGACAAGCAGCGGAAAGAGCUGAGCGAGAAAGUGGGUAUGGAGCCACAGCAAGUGAAGUUCUGGUUUCAGAAUAGACGCACCCAGUCUAAGAACCACCGAGAGCGCGACGACAACAACAAGCUCCGGAAGGAAAAUGAGGAGCUGCGCCUGGAGAACCUGAGGAUCAAAGAGGCAUUAAGUAAUCCAUGCUGCCAGAACUGUGGCGGUCCUUGCGUUAUUGGCAAGAUGUCCAUGGACGAGCACCGAUUGAGGUUGGAGAACGCUAGCUUGCACGCAGAGAUUCAAAAGGUGUCGGUGUGGAUUUCGAAGCAUGGGGAUCAACCUGAGACGCCGUCCACCGUGCUGCCCGAGCCAGAACCCUCGCAUCAGCUGGUGGUCUCUGGGGUCGUUACUGGCACUGCCACGGUUCCUCUUUAUACGAUGGAAGCAGAGAGUUCGAGAGCAGCGGAACUGCGCGGGCCGUCCGUUACCGUGCAAUCUCAGGCUCAGAUGCAGAGGCCAUUCUUCGAAAACCUUGCAGCGGUGGCCAUGGAGGAGCUCAUGGUGAUGGCUCACGCUGAUGAGCCUCUGUGGAUCCGUGGCCUCGAUGGUUAUUAUGAGAUUCUUAACGAGGAUGAAUACGCCCGGGCUUUCGCGAGGGGGCUCGGGCCGAAGCUGCCCACGCUUAGGACGGAGGUGACUAGAGGAACGGCAAUAAUAUUUACGACUCCGCUGUACCUUGUGGACAUUAUCAUGAAUGUGAGCAAGUGGUCGACUUUCUUUUCAGGCAUUGUUUCAAGUGCUGAUUGUUUGGAGAUGCCUUUCAUUAGCAUCGGCUCCAAGGGAAUGUUGCAAUUAAUCACUGCGGAGUUUCAAGUUCCAUCACCUCUCGUACCACCCAGAGGGUGCGUGUUUCUAAGGUACUGCAGAAAGCAUGCAGAGGGAUUCUGGGUAAUCGUCGAUGUUUCAAUGAACAACCAUGAUAACUCAGAAAUCAGAUACCGGCGAAGGCCAUCAGGCUGCUUAAUCCAAGAGUUGUCAAAUGGCUACUCAAAGAUCACAUGGGUCGAACAUGUCGAAGUGGAUGAUUCUGGUGUUCAUGACAUGUACAAGGCUGUAGUCAAUUCAGGUCUAACCUUUGGAGCAAAACGGUGGCUGUCAACCUUGGAAAGACAGUGCGAGCGCCUGGCAAGUAUCUCGGCCAUUAACAAUCCGCGCUUUGGUAUUAAUGCUAACCCUGAGGGUAGGAAGAACAUUCUGAGGUUGGUGGAGAGGAUGGUGGUGGGCUUCUGUGGUGGGGUAAGUGGAUCAAGGGCUCAGGGCUGGAGCCAUAUAUCUGGAAUCGGUGCAGAGGAUGUGAAAAUUACAGCUAAAAGGAACACCGUUGCUAGUGGUUCACCACCGGGAAUCACUGUAAAUGCCAGCACGUCCCUAUGGCUCCCCAUGCCGCCAGGGAGAAUUUUCCAUUUCCUGCGCACCUCACGCAAUGAGGUGUUCAGGGCCCCUUCAAUAUGGGAUGUACUCGCGAAUGGUGCUACAAUUGAAGAAGCAUGCCAAAUAGCUAAUGGCAGGGAAGAAGGAAAUUGUAUCUCGAUACUCAGUGUUCGCGGACCGGAGAGCCCGAGCCACGUGAUGAUACUCCAAGAGAACUGCUCCCAUGCAACUGGCUCGUAUGUGAUCUAUGCUCCAAUCGAUAUCGUUGCGCUGAAUGCUAUCCUGACGGGCCAAGAGGCCGACUACGUGGCACUUCUUCCUUGUGGAUUUACCAUCUUCCCAGACUUGCCUUAUGGCAUGCAAGAUGGCUUAGUUGGUGAGGGUGGCUCCGGAGGAUCCCUCUUGACUGUUUCUUUUCAGAUCCUGGUCGACUCCAAUCCAGAUUCAAAUAUCUCUGCGGACACCAUCGCCAACCUGAAUGCGCUUGUGACCGAUACCUGCGACCAAAUCAAAAGUUCUCUGUUGGCUAAUAAUGCCCCGUGAAGCUGAAGGAGGUACUGACAUAAGUUGAUCUUAAUUUCCAGAAACUCAAGUAUUCCUUGGGUGUUGAAACAUCAUUUAUAGUUUCCUUGCUCUGUAAAAAAAACAAAAGAGUUUUUUAUGUUUAAGGAAUUUUAAGGUACUUUUUAUUAUGAAUUAUUUCAAGAA